AUGGGUCUAGAAAUGUUCUCACUGCAUACGAAGGUGAUGAAUGGAAUGGAGGGACGAAUGCGUGAAUCGAACAUGAGAAUAUUGAUUGGAUUGGGUGUGGCGGUCGUCUAUUUGUUUGUCGGAGCAAUCGUUUUUGUUAGAAUCGAGUACCCACUGGAAAAAAUCGAGCGAGAGACGUAUUUGGAGUAUCAGAACCAGUGGAGGGAGAGACUAUUGCAGUUGGAUAUUGAUGAAUCCGAAAUCGAUAAACUCUUCAUAAAUAUCCGUGAAGCGGCCCUAAACGGAAUAUGGAUGGACCGUAACCUAUCGAGUGACCCCAACUGGACAUUCGGACAAGCAUUCUUCUUCGCCGGCACUCUUAUCAGUACUGUAGGUUACGGUAGAGUCAGUCCAAGGACGGAACACGGGAAAUUGUUCACGAUAUUGUAUUGUGUUAUUGGUAUUCCAUUGACCCUCGCCCUCCUCUCGGCAAUUGUGGCUCGAAUGCGUGAGCCGUCAAACAAGUUGCGUGGAAUACUGAACCAGCGGUUGGGACACUUGUUCACGGUUAAUCAUAUUCAGCUAAUCCACGUGGGUGUCGUGCUGGCAGGUCUUCUCAUCUUCGUCUUCGCAAUUCCCGCCUGGAUAUUCUCAUCCAUCGAAACCGAAUGGACCUAUUUGGACGCCUUCUACUAUUGUUUCGUCUCUUUAACUACCAUAGGACUAGGAGAUUUCGAGCCAGGAGACGAUCCCAAUCAAUCAUUCCGUGGUCUCUACAAAAUCGGUGCUACAGUAUACCUGAUGGGCGGUCUGUGUUGUAUGAUGCUAUUCUUGGCGACGCUUUACGAUAUCCCACAAUUCAAUUUGACUUCUUUCUUUGUUAAGGAUGACGAGGAGAUGCGGUUUAAUGAGGACGAGGGAAAAUACGGAGCACUGGACUCGAAUGUGGUGGAGAAUGGAUUAUAUGCUCAUCAGUGA